ACUGUACAUUAAGAAAAAAAAUUGGCACGCAUUUUUGUGGCUAAAUUAGCUGCUCGAGGAAUUUUAACUUCCAAAUUUAAAUGAAUUUAAAAUCUAAAAAGUUUCUAAAUUAUUUUGAACUUAAAAGAAAACAGUUAAAUUCUUGAAAUCAAACAAAGCCAGAAAUCAUGUCUCGUGUAACACGCCGCAAACAUGUCCUCAAAGAAAUGAUGGAGGACGAUUUUGAAUUGCCUAAAGACAAUCAACAGAUAGUACGAGUAGUUUGCAGUCGAGGCAAUAAUCUGCAUGAGGUGGAAACCGCCAAUGUGGAUGAUGAACGUUUUUUAGUCACCAUGCCCACAAAAUUUCGCAAAAAUGUUUGGGUCAAACGGGGAGACUACAUACUUGUCGAGCCCAUUGAAGAGGGUGACAAAGUAAAAGCAGAGAUUUGUAAAAUAUUAACUCCCGAACAUAUUAAGGAGUAUACAAAGGCCAAUAUUUGGCCAGAACGUUUUGCCAAGAAAAGUAAUCAGAAUAUUGAAAAUGAUAUUCAAAAUAACAAAUAUGUGGAUAGUGAUAGUGACGAUAAUGACUUGGAGCCAAACAUGAACAGGCCGAUGCCAACAAGGCAUAUUGAGGAAGAUAGUGAUGAAGAUGAUGGCGACGAUGAUGAAGAUUCUAGUUCAGAAGAGGAUUAGCUGGUGUUAUAAACGUCAAGUGUGAUUUACAAUUGUUUUGCUUAAGAUUACUAUGAAUAAACUUUAAUUACGAGUCUGAA